UACGUACAUAAAAAUAAUUAACAGCCAAGCGAAUGUUGCUUACCAACAUAACAGCCGUAAAGCGCAGCGUCGGGAAAAUCCAACAUGGCGGCCGCAAUGAGAGGACACGGUGUCGCUUUUAUGAGAAACAUCCCAGGGCUGUUACAGUCCAGGUUACAGAUUGUGAGUGGUGCAUCACAGCAGCUCUCAUGUCUCCACACCAGCACUUCAGUGGAAUCAAGGCACUGGGAGAGGCGUAAUCUGACAGUAUAUCCACCUCAGUUGCCAGAUGAACCUCGCAGACCAGCAGAGAUCUACCACUGCAGGAGGCAGAUAAAAUACAGCAAAGACCACAUGUGGUACCUGGCCAAAAUGAUCCGAGGGAUGAGUAUCGACGAGGCCAUCACACAGCUAGAAUUCAAUGACAAGAAAGGGGCAAAAGUUAUGAAGGAGGUUCUUCUAGAAGCUCAGGAGAUGGCGGUGAAGAAUCAUAAUGUGGAGUAUAAAUCUAACCUUUAUGUAGCCGAGUCCUUCUCCGGCAAAGGGACAUACCUGAAGCGGAUCCGUUACCAUGGUAGGGGCAUGUUUGGCAUCAUGGACAAGGUUUACUGUCACUAUUUUGUCAAACUGGUGGAAGGAUCACCACCCAAAACGGAGCCAAAGACGGGCUUCGACCAGGCCAAAGAGUACGUCCAGAACCUGAAGAAACGAACCAUCACCCACAGCCUGUAGAUCAUUCUGUUAAACUAAAUGUUUAUGUAUCAUUUGAUAUUUAUAAAUACAAAAGAAAAAAUGG